AUGUGUACACCACAACAUCGCCCAUUAAGCACCCAGCUAGGAACAACGAAGGAUGUCAGAUGCGACAGGAGGUCCUUGGUUUACCUUUGUCUUAUCGCUGCUUCGGGUCUUACCGCUGAUGUAAUUGCUCCAUCGGCCGUUCUUGCAAGUGCCGGAUCUGAAGCAAAAGCUGAAGCGAACUCGGGAUUUUUGUCUGGAGUGGCCGUUUCAGUGGCGAAACAAACCGUCUUGUAUCCCAUUGACACCAUUAAAGUUCGUCUCCAAACUACUCCUCUAGAACCUUCAACUCCACUAUGGAAAAGAGGUGAUUUGUUCAAAGGGCUGUACAAAGGAUAUUUGAUCCCUCUUAUUUUCAAUGCUCCGGCAAGUGGUGUUUUCUUCGGGAUGAAAGAUGCUGUCAAAAGCUACUUUUCGUGGCUCGGGAACGCUCCUUCAACAUUAUUAGCAAUCUUCAUAGCACAAUUUCCUUACUGGGUUGUCAGACAGCCUUCGGAAAUCCUGAAAGUGAGGGAUCAACUUGUACGUUCGACUGAUGGAUCUUCGAUCCAAGAUCAAGGGUUGUUGAACAAGUUGAAGCAACUUGAUCCCAGGAGUCCAGAGAAUCUUAAAGCUCUGUUUCAAGGUUUCGGGUCAAACUUGGCCUACACUUUUCCUGCAGAUGCGUUAAAGUUCUCAGUAUAUGACGUGGUGAAGGCGCAGAUAGGACCCAAGGGUAAAGAUCCUCUUAUUGCCGCAGUCACUGGGGCACUAAGCACCAUAGUGGCACAAGUGGCCACAACCCCUCUCGACGUCGCUCGCAACAAGAUCAUGGGGAGCAACUCUGAUUUUGCAAAGGAGAACACGCUGUCUGCCAUGAGGGUACUUGAGAAGAGAAUCAUCCGCGAAGAGGGUUCAGGCGCCUUGAUGCUGGGGGUGACGCCAAGAAUCCUGCGAGCGAUUCUCUCUGGCGCAAUACAAUUUACUACCUAUGAGUUCACUAAGGGCGCGGUGAAGAAGUGA